GCCAAAAGCUUACGUGCCAGGAGGAGCUGGGGCACUGCAACUUCGUAACCUUCGCGACCCUAAUGUUCUCUGGGGACAGCAAGGGUUGCAGGGCGACGCAGAUGGCUGAGAGCUCAGAGGGUGGAGAUCUCGCUGACGCGCGCCUCUCGGCGCCCUAUGGGGCCGCCAUCGCCACUGCUCAGAGGCUGCUCUUCGUGACAGAUGCAGGCAAUGGCAAGGCUGGACAGGUUGCGAGCAAAGCUGCCACUUUUCCAGGCCGCAAGGAGUGGGAAAGUGAUGAUGAGCCGAGGAAAGCCUUGUUGCACCAGGUAACGUCGCUUGUUAGCAAGCUGAAGCAGGCUUCAAGGCGGCCUAUCACCGGAUCCAUGCCUUGGCCGCUGGCAUUUCUGAUGCGGCCGGAUGCAAAAAAAUACAACGGUGCGAUGACUUCGUCCAUUCAGGUGUAUUGCCCUCGGGCCUUUGUGCUUUUGCCAGGGAGCAGAGGACCGUCCAAGCGCGGAAAAGUGAGCAUCUGCACCCGGGAGCCCUGUGUGCGGAGAUAG